AUAUCUACACGACUGAUUCAACUUAUCAAUGAUGGUAAUCGACUGUUGACAGAUGUAGAAGGAGUACCAGCACAAUACAGACCAACUGCUGAAGGCAUGUUGGCUGAAUAUACAAAAGCCAUCAAUCUUUUGCGCGAAGCACCAAAAUCUCAUCCAUCUGUGCAGUCUCUUGGAGUUGUGCUAUCCUCUGCCGAAGGCAUGAUUCCAAUUUUGGAGGAACAUGCGAACAAUUGGGACAAAUUCGAGCAAGCAAGGGACGCUGCCACUAGACUUCUUGAAGCAGUUAUCUUAAAACUCACAAUUUUGCAAGAAAGGAGGGAACUGGUUCCCCUUCCAGUAGGCGAGCUGGACUUGCAAAAUUUGAAGCAUUUGUAUGCAGACAUCGAGCGGCUUCGCAUCGCUGAGAAAGACUUGAACGAGAUAUCAUUAACUCUGCAACCUUUGCUUCAUGUUUCUCAAGAAGUUCGUUUCUUUACUGUUGAUCAAGAACGAACAGAAAAACUGUAUGAGGAAAUCAUUGAACGCUUAGCUGCAGAGAUUACAGCUGAAGCUCAGUUGAACAGAACACUAGAUAUACUCACAACUGAGCUUAACAACUGCAGUGAAGAGCUCUCAGCUGAAGAUGAUCACCAAAAAGACAUUUUGAGUCACGAGUCACUCCUUCUGGACAUCAUUGCUCAUUUGGAAAAUCAAAAAGUGAUCGUGGAACGCAGUGCACAAAGUCGCCGGUUUAUCGAGAGCAGCACCUCGUCUAGCCUAGAUCGACUUAUGCAGCGUGCUCAAGACCUUCUGGAAGCGCUACGACAAGCGCCACAAACGAGCAGGGAAUUAGCAGCAGCGGAAGAAUACGAUGUCGAUGCUGCUGCUGAAGUCCUUGCAGCAUUAUAUCCCGAGACACACCCUUACAGUGUGCUCGCUGAACAUGGAUUCGAGGGGCUUCCUUCAGAUACCGAGAGCGAGUUUGAAUCAUUCGACGGCUCCUCUUCAGGGAUGCUUUCCCCGAUUCCAGAUACCGCCACUGCUGUUGUGGCGGCUUCACAAUUCCGUCGCCAACGGUCGCGAUGGAGACGGGUUCUACGUACAGCAUUGCCACUUCAGGUUAGUUACAUUCAGCACAAACUUUAA